AUUUUAUUAUCAAAAAAUAAAUAUAUAUAAUAUAUCAAUGAAGCUAAUUAUAUUAUCAGUAGUCUAUAGUGUAAUAGUAGCAGCACUGGUAUGUAACCCAGCAAAUAGCCAGUAUUGGGGAGGAACUGGUGCUAGUGGUGGCUAUGGUGGAUCUACUGGUGCUGGAUAUGGAUGGGCCGGAUCAACACCGGGAUCAACAAUGGGCAGUUGGAGAUAUGGGCCCAGCACAGGUAGUUAUGGUGGUUAUGGACAGGGCUGGCAUAACUAUGGCCGACAGCAACCCUGGUAUGGGUCGAGCAGUCUGAGCGGUAUUGGUCAGGGCUUGUAUGGCGGUUAUGGUGGAUAUGGCGGUUACGGUAGAUAUGGUGGUUAUCGACAAGGAAUGUACGGUUUAGGUGCCACCGGUUUAGGUGGUGUCGGUGCUGCUCAGGGAGGCUAUGGUGUUGGUGGCGGAUAUAUACCGGCAGCAGUUUAUGGUGGUGGUGGUUUGGGCCGAUAUUAUGGCGGCGGUACUACCGGCACAUCUAUGUAUGGCAUCGGAUCGGGUAUCUAUGGUGGCCGUACCACCGGUACCUACUAUAGACCACUAAUGUCUUAUUCAGCUGUUCCUGCUGUACAACAAUAUGCCACCAGUCGUGGCUAUUAUGGUGGAGUUGUUGGAGGAGGAGGACAGGCAGUUACUACUGGUGUACCACAAAUCAUAGCACAGGUGCCGCAACCACCACCAACACCUCCAGUAUUGACUACUACUGCACCAGUAGUUAGACAACAGUUUAUAGCACCAGUACAGGUACCCCAACCACCUACAGUGGUUACUAUGGGUCAAAUACCAGCCCAGGUACCAAUGGUUAGACAACAAAUGCUAACACAUAUGAUACCACAAACACCUACUGUGGUCACUACGGGUCAAAUGCCAGCACAGGUACCUGUAGUUAGGCCACAAAUGAUAACACAUAUGAUACCCCAAACACCUACUGUGGUCACCACUGGUCAAAUGGCAGCACAGAUACCAGUUGUUAGACCACAAAUGAUAACCCAUAUGAUACCACAAACACCUACUGUGGUCAGUACGGGUCAAAUGCCAGCCCAGGUACCAGUUGUUAGGCCACAAAUGAUAACACAUAUGAUACCCCAAACACCAAUGGUCACCACUGGUCAAAUGGCAGCACAGAUACCCGUAGUUAGUGGAGGUGUGGCGCCGGCACAGGUAGACAACAAUAGAGGAACUACUAGACCGAUGGUAACAACAACUGGCUAUUAUGGAGUUGGUGGUGGAGUGGGCGGCAUACGUAUACCCAGUACUACCGGUACAGUUGGGACUUAUCCAUAUAGUGGUGGUAUUGGCUAUGGAUAUCAAGUCCCCUAUGUUAGCUAUGCCAGUGGUAUAGGUUCAGGUGGUAGUGGCGGCGGUACUUCUAUAGGUACAACUGGCGCUUAUGGUGGUGCUGGUUAUCUGCCGGGCUAUUAUGUUAGUGGCGCUGGUGGCGGGUUAGGUACCGGUGCCUAUGGAGUCGGUGUUGGUAGUAAUGGCUUAUAUGGUGGUGGCGGCGGUGGUUAUUAUGGCAAUGGUGGUAGUCUAUACGGUGGUCAGUACUACUAUCCGCAGUCCAGCACUGGUAUGACAUGGAGUGGUGUAUAUCCAGUAUAUGGCGGCGGCGCCGGCGGUACCACCGGUAUAGGUACCAAUACAUUGGGUGCUGGCUAUGGUGUUGGUGGUGGUAGUGGUGGAAUGGGUAGCGGUUUGUCUACUAAUGGUUUGAUGGGUGCCGCCAGUGGUGGCGGUGGUAGUGGUAAUGGUGGUGGGGGUGGUAACGGUGGUAUGAAAACUGUAUCAUUUGAUGACAACAACAAUAACAAUGAGGAUAAUGAAGAUACAGGCGAUGGCAACAAAAUUAAGGAAUAAUUUUUGAAAUAUACAGUAAAACUACUACUGAAACCCCCCGGACAUGGAUUUACUUAAAAAAAUAUAUAAAC